CUGAAAAUAAAGAAAAAGUUAACAUAACCCUGCAGGCCUCAUUGUGCGGAGACCCCAAGUCAUCCUCCCAUGGCUGUGACCUGUGUACCUCCCAGGAGCUUCCUGGGGAUCUGACAGAUGAACCUGAACUCUUACUUUCUCUGGAAGAAACUUAAAACCCUGACAAUGAAGACAGUGAAAAAGAACAGGCAUCUCUGGUCCUCAGAAAAUGCCGAUGAUUGGAAAGAUGAAGUCACACAGCCAAAGGCCUCCAGGAAAUAUUUUGGUGUAAUUCAUUAUCAUGUCAAGGAGCUGACCCAGUUACGAAAACAGCUACGUGAAGGGAGAGAUGCCUCUUUUUCCCUUGGGCUGCAUCUGGAGUUUCUUCUCACCCAAGAUGAUCCUGAAGUCUACCAGGAUCAGGGCCACAUGCAACAUCUGGCUCAAGGGUGCAAGAUGGCUGAAGAUCUUGACCUUAAGCUCAAAUCAGGUGAAAAGGACACACACCCUGAUGAAAGGGAGCUGUAA